AUGUCGAGAAUACUAACUCAGGCCAUCUGCCUAUUAGUCGCUCUCAUCUAUGCAUGCUUCAUCUCCAUAGUCCUCCUGCCCAUAUUUCUUGUCUUCAACGGACUUCCAAUCCACCCGGGUGAGCUUUUUGGGGCUCUCCGAGCACUACUUGCUGAGAGACUUCCCCGGGCAAGAGAUACUCCGGAUGACGAGUUACCAGAAGCUAGACGGGACUGGGUCGUUUCGCGUCAUGAGAUCAUGAUGGGGAGAGAAUUUCAGAUUGCUCAGUAUCGCGGCUUUCUUCAUGAGUUACACGAGCGCGCUGCGAAUCGUGCGGCUAACAAUGGCCGAGUCAUUGCGCCUCCUGGAGUCGUUGAUGAUUCUAGUUCGGAAGAGGAGUUUGAUAUCCAUGAUUAUGACAUGAGCCUUCCUUGA